UUAAGGGUUGUAUACAGUGGGAGGAGAUAAAUUAGAGGGUGUGGCAUUUUUUGCAUAUAACCCCCUGUAUGUCUGCCCAGCCCUCACUCCCUCGCUUCAUUUGCUUUCCCUUAUUCCUCGUUGUGAACUCCACAGAAUCCAAGUCAACAUGGCUGCUUCAGAUCUUCAGAAGGCAAUGGCAAUGAUGAUUAAAGUUUUUUAUGCUUACUCUGGAAAGGAAGGAGACAAAAAAACCCUGUCCAAAGGAGAGCUUAAGGAUUUGCUAACUAAUGAGAUGGGUGACGUACUGGGGAAAACCACUAACCAGGCUCAACUCGACAGGAUCUUUAAGGAUCUGGAUGCCAAUGCAGAUGGAUGUGUGGACUUCCAGGAGUAUGUCACCCUGUGUGCUUGCAUCACAAUGAUGUGCAAUGAAUUUUUCUGCCAAAAAAAGUGAUUCUUUAUUCUAUAACCUUAUACUUAUUAACAAAAGGUUAUGUAUGUGAUGGUAUAUUGAAACAAAUAAAUAAAACAUUGUUUUGAAAACAUUGUUUUCUUA